UGGGUUUCCAAUACAACAUGCCUCUCCACAGUAUAUAUACUGACUACUAAGACAGACUCACACACACAUACAGCUGGCAUCUGACAGAACAAACAGAUCAAAUUAAGAACCAUGAAGGUGCUUGUGGUACUUGUGCUGGCUGUAGUCACAGGCUGCCAAGCCAACUUGUUCUAUGCUGAUGAGCCCAAACCACAGCUGGAGCAACUGACUGAUGCUUUCUGGGACUAUGUUGCCAAGGCAACACACACUGCUGAGGACACACUGAAAACAAUUAGAGAGUCUCAACUGGGUCAGGAAGUCAAUGCUAGAAUUACAGAAGGGACUAAUGUUGCCAGUCAGUAUGCUGCCACUCUCCAGCACCAAGUGAACCCUCUGGCCCAGGACAUCAUGACCAAAAUCACCAAGGAGGCUGAAGUUCUGAAGGAGCGUCUUGAGCAGGACCUGACCACUGUGAGAGACAAACUGGAGCCCUAUGCUGAUGAUCUGAAGACCCAAAUUCAGCAGAGAGUGGAGGAGCUGAGAGUAGCUGUGGCUCCCUACGCUGAGUCCUUUGACUCUGAAGCUCUGAAAACUACCGUGCUGCAGAAGACCGAGGAGCUCAGGGGAAGUCUGGAGGAGAAAGUGAAGGAGCUGCAGUCCCAGUUGGAGCCCUACACUGAAGAUCUCAGACAGAAAGUAGAUCAGCACCUGCAGGAAUUCCAGAAGACCGUGGCCCCUCUGACUGAGGAUCUUCAGGCCAAGGUUGCUGAGAGAGCCACUUUGGUUCAGCAGAGUCUGGCUCCCUAUGCUGAGGACCUGAGAGAGAAACUGGACCCCUACGCCCAAAACCUGAAGGACCAGCUCACCUCUCUUUAUGAGUCCUUUACCAAGACCAGCUAAUUACUCCAAACACUUCUUUUCACUCAGUGAACUGUGUUUUCACUAAAGAAAAUUAUCACACUGAAAUAGCAUUCAUCAAACAUUCAACUCUAUAUUAUGGCAUUUGACAAUUGUCUUAACAUUUCAAACUGUUUUGUGUAUCACACAAAUACUAACAUCUCAAACAGUAGACUGUGUAAAUUUGCUAUAAAGCAGUGAAAUUCUCCCACUUGUGGGAACAUUAGCAUUGAAAUAUAAUUUUAAUUACUUAUCUAGCACUGUUAAGGAGUUUUGUGUUCUUUGUAGAUGCCAUACUUGUGCAUGAUACAUCACUUCCAUUUCUUGUAAUUAUACAAUAAUAAAACAGCUGGCAAAUUGGCAUGAAUAAAGCAACUGAUUCUUAA